AGCAGCCAAAAGCACCCUGCUGCACAGCUCAAGCUUAAAUUCCAGUUUUGAGGGAGGGAUUAGGGUUAGGGUUAGAAAGCUUCACAGCUGCAUUUCCUUUGGUGCCCCCUUUUUCAGGAACCUAUCGCACUUUGGGGGCCAAAGUGCAUGUCAGUAGACCUAUCCCCAAGAGCCACAGUGAAAAAGCAGUGGGUUAAGUUGCUCUGAGUGUCACUGAAAGGCUUUAUUGGCUCUCAAAACGGAGAGCCCACACUCAAGAAUCAGCUGGAACCUGGCUGGCAACAGAAAACAAAAGAUCCGCAGUUUACUUGACAAGAGGCUGUCGUCAAGAUGUUUAAAAUACGUAAAUCCAAGGAUGAGGAGCCGACUGCUCCCGGGCAGGUGAGAAUUAAAAAGAAGUCAAGGGUGCCCGGAGUCAUGAUCACCCAGUAUGUGGAGGAAGUACCUGAAGGCAUGACCACGCCAGAUUUCACUCGCAAACCAAUUGCUCUGACGAUCCAAGAAGGAAAACUGGCCAUCUUCAGAGCAGUAGUUAUUGGCAAACCAACUCCAACUGUUACCUGGGUGAGAAAUGAGGGAGAAAUGGAUGAAAGGUACAAAACCGUCUUUGACAGUUCUGGUGAACACCAGUUACAGCUGCCAGAUGUAUCAGUGGACCAAGCUGACACAUACAAGUGUUUUGCGGUAAAUGAAUAUGGAAAAGCUAUUGUGACAGCCACUUUAAAUGUUAUUGAAGUGGGCUACAAAAAGAACAGAGCUUUGCAAGAAUCAAGAACAGCUGUCCGAGAGAUGCCAGAAGAUUUCAAAAAGGCCUUAAAAACUGUGGUUGACAUUGAGCCAAAGGGGGAGGAAAACCCUAAACUGGAUGAGAAGUUUUGGGAGUUGCUGAUGAGUGCAGACAAGAAAGAUUAUGAGAAUAUAUGUGCGCAGUACGGUAUCACUGAUUUCCGUUGGAUGCUGAAAAAACUAAAUGAGAUGAAGACAGAAAAAGAGCAAGAACAAGGAAGGGUUGUUGAAAGACUUUGCAACCUAAAGCCCAUUGAACUGAAUUCUUCUGGUGGUGCAGAGUUUGAAUUUGAGGACCCAACCACCAAAAUCUUCUUAUACAAGGACGGAAUCAUGAUUCCCUUUGAUGCCGACGCAGAGAUAAAACAUGGAUUGAAGCAAGUGGGGAAGAAAUUUGUGUUUAAUGGUUUUAACCCAGAGGAUGCAGGACUAUACCAAGUGGAGGUUGAUGGAAUCAAGAUCUUCACGUCUGAUUUUAAACUUCCCCCUAUAGAAUUCUUAGUAAAGAUUCAAGACGUGAAAGCAGAGGAAAGAGAGGAUGCUGUGUUUGAGUGUCUCAUCUCACAACCACUGAAAAAGAUUACUUGGAAGGGAAAGAAUACCCCACUGGAGCAAGGGGACAAAUAUGACAUCCUUGUGUCAGAGGACAUGCUGAUUCACACACUGGUGGUAAAGGACUGCAUGACACUGGAUAAAGGAAUUUAUGCAGCUGAGGCUGGACUUGUAUCCUGCAGUGCCUGGCUUGUAGUGGAAGCCGAUAGUGACCCAAACUCAAAAGGAAAGAAGAAAGCUCGCAAAACAACCCGGGCAGGUGGUGGUGGUGCUGAUCUGUUGAGGAUUGCUCAGGAACAAAACAAUAAGAUACAGAAACAGAAGGAUGAGCUGAUUGCAAAGGCAAAGGCAGAGGCAGAAGCAGCAGCUGCAGCGGCAGCUCUGGUCGCAGCUGAAAAGGCAGAAGCUGAAGCUAAAGCUAAAGCAGAAGCUGAAGCUAAAGCUAAAGCAGAAGCAGAAGUUAAAGCUAAAUCCAAAACCAAAACAAAAGUCAAUGCUAAAGAGAAGCCAAAGGAAAAGGCAAAAACAAAGGCAAAAGUAAAGGCAGAGGCAAAGGGAAAAGUAAAGUCAGAAGUGGGAGAAGGCGCAGAUCAAGCAGAGGAGGAAAAGGAGGAAAAGGAGGAAGAAGAGGAGGAAGAGGAGGAGGAAGAGGAGGAGGAAGAUGAAGAAGAGAUGGAGGAAGAGGAUGUGCAAGAGGAAGGAGUGUCAUCAAAACCAAAAACGAAGGUAAAAGCAAAAAAAGGAGAGGCCCUAGCUCAAGUUGAUGAUACAGAAGAAGAGGAGGCUGUUCAAGAGAAAAGAAAGAGAGUGAGGGCAGGCCCACUUGUUCCUGACACAGUCAUUGACCCUGGAGUUUACUUCACCAGUGGACUUUCAGAUGUGGCUGCCAUCAUUGGCACUGAUGCAGAAUUGGUCUGUAGACUGAGCAGUGAGGAAUGUGAUGGAGUCUGGUACAAAGAUGGGAAAGAGAUAACAGCUACAGAUGAUAUUUGUAUCGUAAAAGAUCGGACUUCUCGCAAACUAAUUAUUAAAAACUGCAAAGAAGAUGAUGCUGGGAAGUACCGUUGUGAAGCUGAUGGUCGUAAAACAGAAGCUGUGCUACAUGUUGAAGAUCCUCCAAGAAUCAACCCUGAUGACCUUGCAGUGUUCAUUAAACCUGUUAUAAUUAAAGCUGGGAAGGAGGCAGCUUUUAAAGUGUCAUUUGUUGGCCGAGAACCCAUGAAGAUCCAGUGGUACAAUGAAGGAGAAGAGAUGUUGGAGGACAGCCAAAUCAAGAUUGAAAAGUCUUCCUCACACAGCCGACUGCUGCUAACCAAGUGUCAACGCAAAAUCACAGGAGAAAUUAAGAUUAAGAUUAAAAAUGAAUGUGGAACAACUGAGGCCAUUACACAGUUUGUUGUGUUAGAUAAACCAACCACACCCCUUGGCCCUGUGGAUAUAAUAGAAAGUUCAUCAACUUGCAUCGAUUUCAAAUGGAGGCCUCCCAAAGACAACGGAGGUUCCCCUAUCACGGACUACAUCCUGGAACGUCAGCAAAUUGGCCGGAACAGCUGGAAGAAGCUGGGCAAGAUUGGCCCAGAGCCUAAAUACAGGGACACUGAUGUGGACCAUGGCAGAAAGUACUGCUACCACAUCAGAGCGGAAACCGAUCAAGACAUCAGUGAAAUGAUGGAGACUGAUGAUAUCCAGGCAGGAACAAAGGCUUACCCUGGGCCACCUUCUACGCCAAAAAUCGUUAGUGCAUUCAAAGACUGUAUCAAUCUUGCUUGGUCUGCACCUACUAAUACUGGAGGAACCAAUCUUUUGGGAUACAAUGUGGAGAAACGAAAGAAUGGCAGUAACCUGUGGGGCCUCGUCAACCAUCCCGAUGAGCCCAUUAGAGAGAAAAAGUAUGCAGUGAAGGAUGUUGUUGAAGGCAUUGAGUAUGAGUUCCGUGUAUCAGCUAUCAACAUUUCUGGUGCUGGGGAGCCAAGUUCACCCUCGGAAUUUGUGUUUGCAAGAGAUCCAAAGAAGCCCCCUAGUAAAGUUAUUGACUUGAAGGUGACAGACUCCACAUACACUACCUUAUCGCUGUGCUGGACCAAACCCACCGAGGAAGAAGGGGUCCAAGAUGAGGCCAAAGGAUAUUUCGUGGAGCUCAGACCAGCAGAAAACCCAGAAUGGGGUAGCUGUAACUCUAGUCCUAUCAUCAUGACCUCCUAUACUAUUAUGGGUCUAAAAUCUAUGGCCAUGUACUGGGUUAGAGUUGUAGCCACGAAUGAGGGUGGAGACGGUGAGCCUCAAGAGUUAGACAACUACAUCAUUGCAAUGCCACCUCCAGUGAGACCUCAAUUCACUGACAAAAAAAUCAAGAACUUCAUGGUAAUGAGAGCUGGGAACUCCGCUCGAGUCAACUUUAACUUUCAGGCCUCUCCGAUACCGACAAUUAAAUGGCUCAAGGAUGGCCUGCCUGUAGCCAAGCAUGUGACAGUUAGCAACUCAGACACAUCAUCACAGUUAAUCAUCCCCUCAUCCGAACGCCAAGACACUGGGAUCUACACUAUCAUUGUGAAGAACCUUGUUGGUCAAGAGACCUCCAGUGUGGAGAUAAGAAUCACAGAUGACCCCAAGCCUCCAGGACCCGUGGAGCUGGAUGAGAAUGUGUCAGGAACAGUGACAGUCUCCUGGACUCCUUCUCCAGAUGAGAAGAAGGAUGACAGGCUGCACUACGUGAUCACCAAGCGUGAUUCCACGAAGCGUACUUGGCAAACUGUGGCAGACCAUCUCUUCAACAACAAGUUUACUGCCAUCAACAUCAUACCGGGAAGGCAGUACCAGUUCCGUGUCUAUGCCAAGAAUGACAUGGGGAUUUCCAAACCCACCGAGUCAGCAACCUGGGAAGUGAAGAGAACAAAAGAAACAUUUUCAUUGACUGUCCCUGCCAUUAAGGACUGCAGCUUUGAGAUGCCUCCAUCAUUCUCUGUUCCACUCAAAAUGCACAACAGUCCAGAAAGCUACGAGUGCUACAUGAGUUGUGCGGUGACAGGAAAUCCCAGACCCCAUGUUACCUGGUACAGAAACAACAUCAGCCUCAAUACCAAUACUAACUACUACAUCACCAAUACAUGUGGGGUGUGCUCCAUGGUGAUACUCAAAGUCGGGGCAAAGGACAGUGGAGAUUACACAGUCACAGCAGAUAACCAUCUGGGCAGAGUGGAGUGUUCAACCAAACUCGUUGUUAAAGAUUAGAAUGAAGAUGUGGUCCUGAACUGGUAAAGGGAUUUGCCAAUAUGAAACCUGUGGUUAUCAGAUUUUUGUUUUUGGCUUGUUGGAUUUUGUCAAUGACUGUAUUAAUUUGUUCAAAUAAACUAUGACGAAGAAAAACAAGUUAAAAGAGAAAGAAAGGAAUGACUCGUGAUAACAAUGCACAUUGAGAAGUGACAUCUGAGAUAAAUCUUUAGUGAUAUGCAAACAUGUUUAUUUUACGACCUAUUUUUCCUCAAGCUGAUUUUCUUCUGCCAUUAAAAAAAAGAAAAAAAAUAGAUUUUUUUCUGAAGUUACUACAUCAUGGAAAAUUGACAAUAUGACAUGGAUAUGAAGGAGUAUGUUUCCUUGAGUGUAUGUUUUGUGUUUGAAUAAUUAAUCGUUAUUCCAAAAUGUUAAUAAAAUCCAAUCUGUUCAAAGUGAA